AUGCUGCCGUCUCAUGUCCUCCGCGUUUCUUCUUUUUUACGUCGCUGUGUCUCCACUUCUACUCGAAACAGCUUCGUAGACCGUCUGCGUGAUGAGCUGGCAGAGAUCGACGCAGCCGGUACAUACAAGCACGAACGCGUGAUUGCGUCUGCUCAGGGUGCCAAGAUCUCAGUGAAUGGCGACGCGGUGCUCAACUUUUGUGCCAACAAUUAUUUGGGCCUAAGCAAUCACCCGGCGGUGGAGCAGGCAGCGGCUCAGACUCUUAAGGAACGCGGCUUUGGCCUCAGCUCUGUGCGCUUCAUAUGUGGUACCCAGGACAUCCACAAGCAGCUAGAGGUAGCCAUCUCUGCUUUCCAUGGUACAGAAGACACGAUAUUGUAUCCGUCAUGCUUUGAUGCCAAUGCUGGUCUUUUUGAGGUGCUGCUAAACAAGGAAGACGCUAUCCUUACGGACGAGCUCAACCACGCCAGUAUCAUUGAUGGUAUUCGACUCUGCAAGGCCGAGCGCCACCGCUUCAAGCAUAUGGACAUGAAGGAUCUAGAGCAGAAACUCAAGGAUACACAGCACUGCCGCACGCGGAUGAUUGCCACGGAUGGCGUUUUCAGUAUGGACGGUGAUGUGGCUCCGCUGCAGGAGAUCGUGGCGCUCGCAGAGAAGUACAAUGCCCAGCUCUUUAUUGAUGAGUGUCAUGCUACCGGGUUUUUUGGACCUACGGGACGCGGCAGCGAUGAAUACUGCGGUGUGAAUGGAAAGGUGGACGUGAUUAACUCGACCCUUGGGAAGGCUCUAGGUGGCAGCACUGGCGGGUACACGACUGGCCGCAAGGAGGUCGUAGACCUGCUGCGUCAGCGCUCGCGCCCGUAUCUCUUCUCCAAUUCGCUCGGACCGUCUGUUGUCGGCGCCACACUCAAGGUCUUUCAAAUGCUCACAGAGUCGUCCGAGCUCGUCGAAAAGAUCCGUACGAACACGCACCACUUCCGCGACCGUAUGACUGCUGCGGGCUUCACUCUCAAGGGAUCUCGCGACCACGCAAUCGCGCCGGUGAUGUUAGGCGAUGCUCGUCUUGCGUCUGAACUGGCUGACGACAUGCUUAAGCGCGGUAUUUACGUCAUUGGCUUCAGCUAUCCGGUUGUCCCGAAGGGCCACGCGCGGAUCCGUGUGCAGCUCUCGGCUGCUCACAGCAUCGAAGACGUUGACAAGGCCGUGGACGCUUUUAUAGAGUGCGGCAAGGCACGUGGUGUCAUCAAUUAG